UCAAGUGUCAAGCCAGAUCAGUGGAGCAUCUCCAGUAUCUCCAGCAUCUUCAGCAUCUGUCGUAUCGGGGAUUGCACUUCAAUCUCAAGGCCGUGUAACGGAUUGGCCACAACUUCAUCUUGUGAUCGCCAUUCUUGAACCCGGAGUGGUCCCCGGGUUCAGCCGUCAAUAUGGGGCAAACCUGGAGUCGAAGCGGUCGUGAUCAUCGACGCGAAGGGGAUCCGGACCCCAGUGGCGUGUCGGGCGGUGGGCAGCACUACCGUUACCCGGGCAAACACGGCCAUCCCUUCUUCGCUUCACAUUUUAUCAUGGGCGGUGAGAAAUUCGAUUCGCCCCAACCCGAGUCGUUUCUCUUCGGCGAGAACCAGGAUCUCAAUCUCUUGGGUGGGCGGGCUGUGUCGUUUCCGUACCCGCCCCCGGCGGCCAACGAGGCCACCAAAACGCUGAAAAGUCAGAUCAAUAUCCGAAAAGACUCGGUUCACUUGGUUUUGGUGCCUUCGAGUGGGGACACGAGUCAGACCGAAGCCACGCCCCUGCCGCCCUUGCCGGAAACGCCCAGUGAGUCGGAGACCGAUGCCGAGAAUCCGCCCUUACGGCUGAUGGUGGAGUCGGCGGCCGCGAGUAAGAAGCGAUAUCGCGUUCAGUUCACGUUCGAUUCGGACGUGCGAUGCGAGAUCACCAUCUAUUAUUUUUGUCGGGAGGAGAAUCACGCCCAGGGCGUGACUUACGUACCCAAAAGGAGCACGCUUCGCUCGCCCACUUAUACUUACAAUCGAGGGGCGGCUCAAGUUUUCAAUCAGGCCGAUCAUUUGUUUUGUCCGGCCGAUUGCCAAGACGAGCUUUUUUUGGCCGCUGAAGAUCCCGAACUCUUGGGUGUGGCCAUCCAGUGCGUCUCAUUAGAGGGUGAGACGCCUCGUACCUCUCAUGCCACUGUGGCUUCCAUUGAGGCUAAUGCCGAUGCCACGCACUUCAUCAUCAAGAAUCUCAAGCAAAAGUUGUUCGUGGACGGAUUGAGCUACUUGCUCCAAGAGAUCUACGGGUUGGAGAAUAAGAGUCUGGAUGUGAAUCAGCAUUCGGAUGACGACGAUGACGAUUGUGGGGCGGAAUGCGUGGUUUGCAUGUGCGACUUGCGUGACACGAUCAUUUUGCCCUGUCGUCACUUGUGUUUGUGCAAUGCGUGUGCUGAUAGCUUGCGUUAUCAGGCCAACAACUGCCCGAUUUGUCGGGCUCCUUUUCGCGCUUUGCUCCAGAUCCGAGCCGUCCAGAAGAUCGGUCAAGUCACUCAUCCAGCCUUGCCCGAUCCAGAUCAAUCUCAGGAGGGCGUGCCACCCGGUUACCAAUGUGUGAGUCUCGUUGAAGCCCUGAAUGGACCGGUCAAUAUGUCAUCGGCCCCGUCUUCCCAGACAGCCGUAACAGCCACCACGGGCAAGUCCCCCGACAAGGCUGUGACCUCGAAAUCACGGAAGGGCAGUCGAACGGGGCGACGGUCUUCCGCUCCACGGUCUGCCUCGGGGGAAGGUCGAGCCCACUCACCACCCAGGAUUGAAUCUGAGGCUAUGACCGCUGAAGGUGAGGCUGAAACUCUGUCUUCCGGCGAAACAGCCGCGACGACAAAGAUACCACCCAAACUUUGCAUUGAAAGUGAGGUCACGCUUCGAAAGUCUCCUUCCAAACGGAGCUUCAAGGGUGAUGCCUCUAAUCCAUCCUUGGAUCUAGUGGAUGAAGAGCUGGCUAACAUGAGCCUGGGACAAAGUUCACUGCAAACCAAAGACAACGCAGGUCCUCAGCCUUUGAUCCAAGAUAUUGAAGAUGAAGAAAUCGAGGAGGGGGAGGAGGAGGAGGAAGACGUACAUCAAAAGAUGUUGGCCCAACCGGAAGACGUGGACGACGACGAUGAGGAUGAUGAUUUUGACGACGCCGAAGACGAUGUCCAAGUCGAAGGUCUGGAUAAUUACGUGGACAAUGACGAUGCGGUGGUCGUGAAUAUUGCCUCCACCAAGCCUAUACGAUUGUCAGCACCUGGAACACCAACGUCCUCGGUCAGUUUCAGGUCCUCUCAGGACAGUUCGUCCUCGUCCUCAUCUUCCUCCACGAAACAACUACUUCCCACGACUACAACUAUCGCAGUUGCUGGACCCACACCAUCUUCAGGAGUUACUCGAAGUCGCCCGAAUGUUGUCGUGAAGUUGAGCCGGGGACAGAAUCCCGAAGAGGAUAGGGAAGGUGAUGAAGAGGACGAAUUUGUUUAAAAGAGGCAUGUGGAAUGAAUCCAGCACAUACAUAACAUUGUACCGGUAUUAUUUUCAGUUUAUCUCGUCUAAAGUGAUAACUUUGGCGAAGGCAUUGGGAGCAUUAAAAGUCAUGUCUUGAAAUCAAUUAAGACAUACGGUAGUUGCAACUGGCCAAGGUGCAUCGAUUCCGCGGUGGUUGCGCACACUUUGCAUUAUUAGAAAUCUGUCCUAAAUGUAGUUUGUUUAUUCAGAGAUUUGAUAAACUCAUCGUAUGUAAGGUACGCCAUGAGAUGUCAAUUAUUUUUACCCUUUAUCAUUGAUGUAAUGUUUUCUCAAAUAAAGAUUCCUAUCAAUUGUCUCGA